ACCUCUAGUAUGUAGAAGAGUUGGCAACACUGACUGGGAUCAUUAUCAAACCAACACUCGCGCUUACCAUUACCACCUCAGCACCUACUUCAUAUUUUAGUUACUUUCGAGCUGUGCCAGGUUGUAGAGCCAGAACUAAGCAAAAUGUCCAACCUCAAGCGUUUCGAUGAUGAGGAGCGUGAGUCCAAGUAUGGACGAGUUUUCGCUGUCUCUGGUCCUGUCGUAACUGCCGAGGCCAUGUCCGGGUCUGCUAUGUACGAGUUGGUGCGUGUGGGUUACUAUGAGCUGGUGGGUGAGAUCAUCCGUCUGGAAGGCGACAUGGCCACCAUUCAGGUGUACGAGGAAACCUCCGGCGUCACCGUCGGCGAUCCCGUCCUGCGCACUGGCAAGCCCCUCUCCGUGGAGCUCGGACCCGGUAUCAUGGGCAGCAUCUUUGACGGUAUCCAGCGUCCCCUGAAGGACAUCAACGAGCUCACCAGCUCCAUCUACAUUCCCAAGGGCGUGAACGUGCCUAGCUUGUCGCGUGUGGCCAGCUGGGAGUUCAAUCCCUUGAACGUUAAGGUCGGCUCCCACAUCACCGGAGGUGACCUGUACGGUCUGGUCCACGAGAACACCCUCGUGAAGCACAAGAUGAUCGUCAAUCCCCGUGCCAAGGGUACUGUCCGCUACAUCGCCCCCUCCGGAAACUACAAGGUCGACGAUGUGGUCCUCGAAACCGAGUUCGACGGCGAGAUCACCAAGCACAGCAUGUUGCAGGUGUGGCCUGUGCGUCAGCCCCGUCCCGUCACCGAGAAGCUGCCCGCCAACCACCCUCUGCUCACCGGACAGCGCGUCCUCGACUCGCUCUUCCCCUGCGUCCAGGGCGGCACCACCGCCAUUCCCGGAGCUUUCGGUUGCGGCAAGACUGUGAUCUCGCAGGCCCUUUCCAAGUACUCCAACUCCGAUGUCAUCAUCUACGUCGGUUGCGGUGAGCGUGGUAACGAGAUGUCUGAGGUACUGCGUGACUUCCCCGAGCUGUCCGUGGAGAUCGACGGUGUCACCGAGUCCAUCAUGAAGCGUACCGCCCUGGUGGCCAACACCUCCAACAUGCCUGUGGCUGCUCGUGAGGCCUCCAUCUACACCGGUAUUACUCUGUCUGAGUACUUCCGUGAUAUGGGUUACAACGUGUCCAUGAUGGCUGAUUCCACCUCUCGAUGGGCUGAGGCUCUUCGUGAAAUCUCGGGUCGUCUGGCUGAGAUGCCUGCCGAUUCCGGCUACCCAGCCUACCUGGGCGCCCGUCUGGCCUCCUUCUACGAGCGUGCCGGUCGCGUCAAGUGCUUGGGUAACCCCGAGCGCGAGGGUUCCGUGUCCAUUGUCGGUGCUGUGUCGCCUCCUGGUGGUGAUUUCUCCGAUCCCGUCACCUCCGCCACCCUGGGUAUUGUCCAGGUGUUCUGGGGUCUCGACAAGAAGCUGGCCCAGCGCAAGCACUUCCCCUCGAUCAACUGGCUGAUUUCGUACUCCAAGUACAUGCGUGCCCUGGAUGACUUCUAUGACAAGAACUUCCCCGAGUUUGUGCCCCUGCGUACCAAGGUCAAGGAGAUCCUGCAGGAGGAGGAGGAUCUGUCCGAAAUCGUGCAGCUGGUCGGCAAGGCCUCGCUGGCCGAAACCGACAAGAUCACCCUUGAAGUGGCCAAGCUGCUGAAGGACGAUUUCCUGCAGCAGAACUCGUACUCCUCGUACGAUCGUUUCUGCCCCUUCUACAAGACCGUCGGCAUGCUGAAAAACAUCAUCGAUUUCUACGACCUGGCCCGCCACUCCGUCGAGUCGACAGCUCAGUCCGAGAACAAGAUCACCUGGAACGUAAUCCGUGAGGCCAUGGGCAACAUCAUGUACCAGCUUUCGUCCAUGAAGUUCAAGGACCCCGUGAAGGAUGGUGAGGCCAAGAUCAAGGCCGAUUUCGAGCAGCUGCACGAGGACCUGCAGCAGGCCUUCAGGAAUCUGGAGGACUAGAGACCGCAGUGGCCCUACUUUUACACUCUAAUCUUAUAUUUGUUAUAUAGUUAACUUUUAAAAAUGAAAGCAGUCAAAAACCAUCUAUGAAAAAGUCAAAACCAAUCAACAAAAAUUGUGAAGAACCCAACACCAACGAUUCUGUGCUGCAUUCGUGAAGAAAACCUUCAAAUCCUACCCCCGAUUUCAAACAAAUUCCAAAUACUUUGAGAGAGAGCCUAUGAGAGAUGUAAACAUUCCGGCCUGCGGUUGAUACUUCCAUUUAACCACGCCCCCUUCCGCCCACUAUGAGGGUCCUCAAGGCUACUGCAACUACAACGUCCUUCUAUGUACUUCCACUUAACAAAAGCAACAACAAAAAGACACAGAACACUCGUGAUUGAAAAGUACACGGACAUGGACACGUACACGCACACAACAACACGCACACACACACGCACAUAUACAUAAAAGACACACACAAAUACAAAUACAAAUGCAUGCAUAAAUAGUAUUAUUGUUUAAUGAAUGGAAAUUCUUGUUUAUUUGUGAAAAGUCAUGUUUUCUCCUGUUUGUUUGUUAAAUUUAUGUAAAUAUUAAAAGUAUGAAAUAUUAAAUGUACGAAUAAAGUGCAACAACAAAUACAUUUAAUGUAAA